UUCAUGUUCAAGAAGUAAUGGUGUCAAUACCAAGUUUAGUGCUUCUAGUGGCACUUGUUUCCUUGUGGGUUAUAUUGGUAGUUGCUUAUGGUUAUGCAGGAAAGCAAGACAAGUCUGUGACUUAUGAUGGAAGAUCGUUAAUCAUUGGUGGGAAAAGAGAGCUUCUUUUCUCUGGUUCAAUCCACUAUCCCAGAAGUCCUCCUGAGAUGUGGGCAGGUGUUCUUGAGAAAGCUAAAAGAGGAGGAUUAAAUGUGAUUCAGACUUACCUUUUUUGGAACAUUCAUGAGCCAAUACAGGGUCAGUUUAACUUUCAAGGAGAGUAUGAUUUGGUGAAGUUCAUAAAGAUGAUUGGUGAUCAAGGAAUGUAUGCAACACUCAGGGUUGGGCCAUAUAUUGAGGCUGAAUGGAAUCAUGGUGGAUUUCCAUAUUGGUUAAGAGAGAUUCCAAACAUUACUUUCCGGACUGAUAACCUGCCUUUCAAGAAACAUAUGAAAAAGUUCACCCAAAUGAUCAUUAAGAUGAUGAAGGAUGAGAAGUUAUUUGCACCUCAAGGAGGCCCCAUCAUCUUGGCACAGAUUGAAAAUGAAUAUAGCUAUAUUGAACCUGCAUUUAAAGAAUUCGGAACACGCUAUGUCCACUGGGCAGGGAACAUGGCCGUGGGGCUUCAUACAGGAGUCCCGUGGAUGAUGUGCAAGCAAAAGGAUGCUCCUGAUCCUGUGAUCAACACAUGUAAUGGGAGGAAAUGUGGAGAUACUUUCACAGGUCCAAAUGAACCAUACAAGCCGUCGAUAUGGACGGAAAAUUGGACGGCGCAGAAUAGAGUAUUUGGGGAUCCUCCAUCUCAAAGGACAGUAGAAGAUAUUGCAUUCUAUGUUGCACGUUUCUUCUCUAAGAAUGGCACACUUGCAAACUAUUAUAUGUAUUAUGGAGGGACAAAUUUUGGCAGAACAGCUUCUUCUUUCGUGACAACUAGAUACUACGAUGAAGCUCCUCUUGAUGAAUAUGGUUUGCUGAGGGAACCAAAAUGGGGUCACCUACGAGACUUGCAUGGAGCUUUGAAAUUGUGUCAGAAAGCUUUGUUUUGGGGAAAUCCAUCUGUCGAAAAAUUGGGUGAACAACAAGAGGCUCAGAUCUAUGAAAAACCAGGAACUGACAUUUGUGCAGCUUUCUUGAGCAACAACAAUUCUAGAACACCUGCAACUGUAACAUUCAGGGGUCAUCAAUAUUAUCUACCACAACAUUCAAUAAGCAUCGUUCCUGAUUGCAAGACUGUUGUGUACAACACAAAAAUGAUUGUUGCGCAACACAAUUCAAGAAACUUUGAGAUAUCAGAGAAAGCGAGCAAGGGCCUCAACUGGGAAAUGCUGCGAGAAAGUAUUCCAACUGCUAAAGAUGUUCCCGUGAAAGAAAGGUCUCCCAUAGAACUGAUCAGCACCACCAAGGACACUACUGACUACUUGUGGUACACCACCAGCAUCUAUUUGGAUCACACUGAAUUGCCCUUCCGGAAAGAGAUUCACUCUGUCCUUCAGGUUGUCAGUCUAGGCCACUUGAUGCAUGCGUUUAUAAAUGGAGAAUAUGUAGGAUCUGGACAUGGAAGCAAUAUUGACAAGAGUUUUGUCUUUCAAAAGCUGAUAACCUUGAAGGUUGGAACUAACCAUAUAUCGCUGUUGGGAGCAACAGUUGGACUUGCAGAUAGCGGGGUAUACUUGGAGCGUAGGCUGGCGGGGGUACAUGCUGUGGCAAUCAAAGGCCUUAACACUGGAACCCUCGAUCUGUCCAUGAAUGGGUGGGGGCAUCAGGUUGGCUUGGAUGGUGAAAAACUUCACGUCUUCACUCACAAGGGCUCUCAUAGUGUAAAUUGGACUGAAGCCCAGAGACAAGGACCAGCCCUUACAUGGUACAAGGCUUAUUUUGAUGCUCCUGAAGGAAAUGAACCGGUUGUGAUCGACAUGAAAACUAUGUCAAAAGGCAUGGUGUGGAUCAACGGGAAAAGCAUUGGUCGGUACUGGGUGUCCUACCUAUCUCCUUUAGAACAGCCUUCCCAGUCUAAAUACCAUAUCCCAAGAGCUUACCUGAAGCCAACGGAAAAUCUCGUGGUUAUCUUAGAGGAAAUAGGAGGAAACCUGAAUGGCGUUCGGAUUUUAUCUGCCAACAGAGACACAGUCUGCAGCUACAUAAGUGAAAAUCAUCCACCACAAGUUCGGUCAUGGGGAAGAGAGGAUAGUCAUAUAAACAUUAUUUCAAAGAAUCCAAAACCAGCUGCUUACUUGAUGUGCCAUGACAGCAAAGAGAUUGCCCAUGUAGACUUUGCUAGCUAUGGUAACCCAGCUGGUGUGUGUGGAAGUUACGAUCUGGGAAACUGCACCGCACCCAAUAGCCAGAAAAUCGUUGAAAAGCACUGCUUGGGAAAGAGCAGAUGUUAUGUACCAUUCGAGCAAGCGAUAUUCGACAAGGAUGCCCGUCUCUGCCCUGGUGUCUCAAAAAUUCUAGCCAUCCAAAUUCAAUGUGGUUACAAGAAAUAGAUUACUUAAAUGACAAACAUCAGUAAGGGUUUUGAGGAAUUGCAAAAGGUGACUGGCCGGCAAUCGGGAUCCAAGCAGAAGUCCCCAGUAGAAUGGAGCACCCUUCAAAUCAACUUCGCCACAUUAUCAAUUCAAGCAUGCUUGGCAGCCAAAUCCAGAGAUGAAAUGUGGAGGAUGCAUGAUUGAGAUAAUGAUACAUACAGAGAUGAAAAAAUAGUUGGAAAUAAAUACAUUUAUUGACUGAGC